UGCAGCGUCCCGGACAGCGAGACCCUCAGGCCCGAGUUCGAACUCCAAGUCGCUCAUUCCCAGCCCACGCAGUCUCUCACCCCGUGCCACACGCCGGGCCUUCCCCACCACCUCAUCUGCCUGGGCGCGUCAAGGGCUCGGUGAGGCAGCCGCAGCUUUGCCUGUUAAAGGCCAGAGCGUCCCAUCUCUGAAAUGACGGAGGGAACAGAGCUCAAGCUUGAAUCACUGAGCGCGGCCCGGCAGUCCCUGAGAUUCGCCAGAGAAUAAGCCUGAUGGGAAGUCUGGAGAUAACGGGACACCCAACCAACAGGCGGGAGCUGCCGGAUUAAUCACCGCUGCCGCUGGCCACCCCUGUGUGCUGAUGUCCUGGGACCGGAUCCCCGUGCCCCGUGCCUUCAGAUGCUGGAGCCUACGGAGGGCGUCCGAAACCGCCCUACAGAACAGUCGCCGGGCAGUUGAAGAUCAGCUAAAGAUAUGUGGCCACAAGAGGGACGAUGAUGUCUUUGAGCUGUUCCUUUCUAAAAAGGAACUGACAGAGGUCAUUGAUCUUUCUAGGUUUAAAAAAUUAAAAUACUUAUGGCUUCAUCAUAACAAGCUCCAUGGAAUAACAUUUCUAACUAGAAACUAUUGUCUGACAGAACUAUAUCUAAACAACAAUGCAAUCUUUGAGAUACAAGGCCUGCAUUAUUUGCCUUCAUUGCAUAUACUCCUGCUACACCACAAUGAGUUAACCAACCUUGAUGCGACAGUGAAGGAAUUAAAGGGAAUGCUAAAUCUGAAGAUCCUAAGUCUAUACCAAAACCCUUUGUGCCAAUAUAACCUGUAUCGUUUAUAUAUCAUCUACCACCUUCCAGGAGUGGAGCUGCUUGACCGAAAACAAGUUACAGAAAAAGAAAGAAGAUCAAUGAUUACCAUUUUUAACCAUAAAAAGGCUCAUAUUGUUCAAUCGAUAGCAUUCGGAGGAAAAGUAGAUGCUUCAUGGGAUCCUAAAUCACCAUUUAAGCAAAAACCAACCCAGAGAGUACCUUCAGAUUUUGCAUUUGCAAAUAAUGUAGACAAAACUGUGUUUGAUGACCCAGAAGAUGCUGUUUUUGUGAGGUCCAUGAAGAGAUCAGUGAUGACUUUUUCCUCUAUGAACUGGGACACAGUUCCAACACGAGAGGAAAGAUACCUUGAAGAGGAAGGCACAGAACCUGCUCAGAUGCUCACAGUUACACUGAGAUAAGCCCUGGUAUUUCUAGAAAUCUUAGUGGUUUUCAGUUUUUAUUAUUAUUAAAGUUCCUUGUGACUUAGCAUAUUACAUACUUACUACGAUAUUAUUUGAGACAUUUAAAUGUAAACAGAAACACCAAUGAUGAAAAGUAAUUCCUACAUUUUAGGUUUUUAAAUGUAAAGUUGUUGAAGUAAAAAUGUAAUUCCUAAGUGUUCAGCUCAAGCAAUUUUCAAAAAUUGAACAUGUUUAUGUAACUACCAUUAUAGAUCAAGAAAUAGAACAUUAUCAGGACUCUAAAAGUUCCCUCCUUCCUGUGUUAGUCACUACUCAGACUUCCAAAGUAAUCACUGUCCUGAUUUCUAGACAAUAAAUUAAUCGGGGAGAGAGAUCCAAGAUGGCUGAUCACUAACAGCUCGGGAUU